AUGUCUCAGACGCAGCAGGGGAAGGAAGAAGACUCUAAUGUGCAGGUGGAGAAGUUAUCAAACAAUGAGGAGAACCAACACAAAAAAAUUGAUCAUGAAGGGAAGGAUCAAAAGGAACAGCACCCACUUCCACUAAUGGCCUUGAAUCAUGUAUCGAGGCUUUGUAGGAAUGUGGAGGAGUCGGUAGAUUUCUACACAAAAGUGUUGGGAUUUGUCAAGAUUGAGAGGCCACCGGCUUUAAAUUUCAACGGUGCUUGGUUGUUUAACUAUGGAGUUGGGAUUCACUUGGUGCAGUCCAAGGAUGAGGAGAUGCGCCCUGCUGCAGAUCAGGAUCAUUUGGAUCCCAUGGACAAUCACAUCUCAUUUCAGUGUGAGGACAUGGAUGCAAUAGUGAAGAAAUUGGAGGAGCUAAACAUAGAAUACCUGAAGAGGACGGUGGAGGAUGAUAAAAACCGGGCAAAAAUUGAUCAAAUCUUCUUCAAUGACCCUGAUGGAUUCAUGAUUGAGAUAUGCAAUUGUGAGAAUCUCAAGCUUGUUCCUGCAGGUUCCAUGGGCAAACUAAAGCUGCCAUUUGAUAGGCAUAUUCCUCCUGUAGAUGUGAGCGACUGA